CUGAAAAUUUCAGUCGUGCUCAGUAUUUUUGCAGGUAUUGUGAAAUCACAAGAAAUGAAUUUCAGAGUGAUAACCCAAAUGUUUGUGGUCCACAGCGCACCUCUGAAACUUAUGAUUCUGCGGUUCAUGAUUUACAAUCUGAAGACCGUCAAGACAUCAAAGGAAUAAAGUAAUGACUGACUUGGAGACAACAUUUCUACGUACUGCCAUCACUGAGGUCUUGCCUAACCUUCCAGAGGCAACAAAAGACAUUUUAGAGGAGUUAUUGCAAUCCAUUGGAGUGGAGACAUAUGAUGAUUUUCAGUUUAUUGAGGAAUCUGAUUUGCUGUCAGCAUUGAGGCCAAUCCAAGCUCGAAAAGUCCUUGCUGCUUGGAAGUUAAGAUGCCAGACACCAGAAACAAGCAGCUCACCACAACCAUCCACAGCCUUGCGUAGUUCACCUGCAAGUUCUCAAUCGUCCUUCACCAGCAGCUCCCAAAGCCCAGAUGUAGACUGGGUGGAUACGUUUCUGAUACCAUGGGAUAAAUUUCCUCAGGAACUAACGCAAUUUUUGGAGAGAGGAAAACGACCAAGUCCACGAAUGAGAAGAGAGAUGGUCCGGAUUGUGGUAAAUGAGAUGAUGCGAAAAUGUUCAUGUCCAAAUAAAAGGAAUUCUACUGAAGUUGCAAAAAAGAUGAUAGCAAAGUAUCCAGAGUCUCUCCUAGAUGUAAUAGAGGGGGAUGUGGUUGGGCCAGGGUACCAUUCUUUAGUGAAGCAGUUGCAGUAUAGGAUUGAAAAUGUGAAGCGAUCUACGACACCCAAAAUAAGAAAACGAAGACAUCAGACUGAUGACUCUGACACGGAUGAAAUUCCUCCAGAAAAGAGGGCAGCAAUUCAGGAUACGUAUGGAUGCAUUAACUGGCAUGUAAAAUUCCUGCCACUGGGAGAGACCUCUGAAAGCCAGGAGGAAAAGAAAGAGAAAAUGAAGAUGAUGUCUCGUCAAACUGAUACAAACGCAGAAGAAGUCAGACAUCUAAUGAAAUUGACUUUCUACACACAACGUAACCAAGUAAAUCAGGGCAAGAAUAUAAAAUGCCUCCUGGAGGAUUGGCCAUGGUGGUUUAAUGAGCUUGGCAUGGCAGUUCACUACAAGGAGCUUACCGGAAUUGGUCUUAAUGAAACUUUCACACGGAAUCUGGACUUGAAAGGGAAACGACUCCUAAAAAACUUCAGUACUGGUGUGAACAAAAACAAAAAGUUCCUGCAGGACUUAACAAAGUUUAAAGUGAUGAGGGGAGAGCUAAGUGGUUGCUCUGAAGAUGUGAAAGAGAUGUUGAUGCUUUUGCUUUCCUACUUUAAUGAAAAGGAAGAUGCUAUGUUCUGUUAUGUGGAGGACACAUGCCUCGCAGAAGAGGUAGAGAUGGACAAAGUUAAUUUGACCCCAACACUUGUUGUGUGUGGCCAAUCCUGCUUUUCAUCGAAGCGUUUCAUGCUGUGUGUGGAUCGAAAUGUUGUACAUGACAACAUCCCCUCCCUCAUUUCCGCCCUGUGCAUGAUGUUCGGGAGCUAUUAUUGCUUCAACAUCCAUUACCCAUCAGAGCUGGCAUCAACCUUGGAGUUUUUGCAGAGGUGUUUCUUCUCUAUCAACCCAGAGAAAGGCACUAAAGUGGAGAAGACAAACACAGCCCGUCUUCAUGUGAACCCAAGAGUUCUUACCUUGAUUCAGGAACUUUCAGAUCACGAAUGGCGUGAUGUCUAAAUACGGACUGAAGUCAGUAAGAUUUGACAUACAGUGAAGGCCAGUUUCUCAGGUUUGUUUGAUCUGCCAUGCUUAAUGUAUGUGUAA